GAGAUGCCUGUGUUUUCCAAGGUUAGGAGAAGGGGAGAGAAGUCCCAGCUUUCUCUGGUCUCAGUGGCAUCCCUGCAGGUGGGCAGCGUGGGCCGGGAGGGGGCAGCCUUCCCUGGGAUUGGUCAGCAAAGGCCCCUUGGCAGGAGGUGGCGGUUCUGAUAUGCGGGUGAGGGAGUCCCAGGAUGAGGAACGGCAGGUGCACCGGCCCUGGGGUGAGCCGGAAGAGGCAAGUUUGUGGAAUAACCAGGUAGCCAGGGCUUCAAGGGAGCAAGGAGGGGUGAGACUGCAAAGCUGGUGGGGCUGGAUUGCAGGGGGCCACAGUGGGACUUCAGGUUUUAUACUAAAGGCAAUGGGAACAAUUGGAGGAUUUAGGCCUAGAGGGCCUGAGACACUUGUGGAGGGCCGCCUGGAGGUGGGAGUGGGUGAGAGGGACCCUCCAGGCUACCUGUGGUCUCCCAGCUCAGGCCAGCGAUGGGAGAGUUUGGCAGGAUUUCUUUUAGAGACCUCCCUUCCCUGGGUACUGCUGAGCCCCAGGCAGGGCAAGGACAGGGGAGCAGUGUGUUUAGGUGGGGGAAGGUGUCAGGCCUCUCCACCCAUCAUCAGGGUAACGGCCAACACUCCUGCAGCAAGACAGGUCAGCAAGAGAAAAGCAUCACAGAGUUAUUGAAUCCAAGUUUUAUGUGACGUGGAGCCUUCAGGAAUGAAGACCAAAAGACCCGGGGAAAUGGUCUGGUGUUCAGAUUUGAUGGAACAGGGAUUGCCAUGCAAAAAUGGGAUUGGGGGCCUGGUGCGGUGGCUCACUCCUGAUUACAGGAGUGUCACAAAGCGAGACUCUCUCUCAAAGAAAAAAAAAAAAAUAGGAUUGGGAUGAAAGGGUGUGAUCUACUGGAAUAGAUGGAGGUGGGGCCCCAACAAGGCCUGCAUACUCCAAUUCCUCUUGGCCUCUGCAUGGCAUUCCUUCCUCCUGGUAUAGGACAGGACCUCUCUGGAACUUACAAUCUGCCUCCCUCAGACAAGGUAAUUUAGAGAAUUUCUUUGUGGAUGGCUCCUACCCAGGAAGGUGAGGGAAGGUUAGAGUCAUAUUUCUAGGUUUUAUGGCUGGCUUUCAGGCAGAGGGGUUCUAUUUCUUUUUUCUUUUUAUACAGAGACAGAGUUUCACCAUGGUCUUGAUCUCUUCACCUUGUGAUCUGCCUGCCUCGGCCUCCCAAAGUGCUGGGAUUACAGGCGUGAGCCACUGUGCCCAGUCAGGGGUUCUAAAUUCUGUGACCCACCUUGAAGAAGAAUUCUGGUUUUGUUUUUCUUUUUCUUUCUUUCUUUUUUUUUUUUUGGAGAGAUGGAGGUUUGUUAUGUUGCCUAGGCUGGCCUCGAACUCCUGGCCUCAAGCAGUCCUCCUGCCUUGGCCUCCCAAAGUGUUGGGAUUACAGGUGUGAGCCACUGUGCCCAGCCGUCUAGUUUCUAUGACUCGCCUCAGGGGAGAAGGAGGGUGAGAGAGACAGGAGGGCAGAAGAAGGUCAGAGAGACUGUGCUUCUGAGGGCCCUUCUAAGCCCUUCUAGUCGAAGGUCUUAGCAUGCCACAGCACCUUUCUUUAGGGUGUUGUCUUCUGACCCUCAACAUUCAUUACCUUGAAUGUGUGCCUCCACAUGCCAGGCAUUGCCCUAAACCCUUGCACCUUCCUGUAAGCUGGAGUUCACUGGCCCAUUUGACAGAUGAGGAAACUGAGGCACUGGGAGAGGCAGAGAGACUCGGCUUGGGGUCAUGAAGGAGAUCUGAACCCUGAGACGGGAACCCCUGAUCCCACGGGGCCCCUAAUCCCAAAUCCCUGGCCACCCGCUGAACUGGUUCAAACCAGAGGAUGUGGAAUGCCAGCUCCAGGCCAGGCUGGACCUGAGGUGCCGGUCUACCUGGCAGUUAUAAGAAAAGGAAAUUGCAUGGGUUGCCACAUUUACAACCUAAAACGGAGAGAGUUCACAUAACCCAGACUUCUGGUUUCUCUUAUGAAAUUGGGGGAUCUGGUGGUAGCAGACCGGCACUGGAGGAGGUCCCAGCCUGGCCUGUGCUGCUCCUGCUUCGGCAGGAAAGCCUGAUGGGGAGGUGACAGCCAUGGGGACCCUGGGGAAGGGAACAGAUUCCAGAAGCAGCUGGGCUGGAGUAGCUGGCCUUGGGCCCCAGACCUUCGUGGGGAGGUGGGGCUCCCAUCCAUUUCUUUGUUUUGUUUUGAGACAGAGUCUCACUCUGUCACCAGGCUGAAGUGCAGUGGUGUGAUCUCAGCUCACUGCAACCUCUGCAUCCGGGGUUCAGGCAAUUCUUCUGCCUCAGCCUCCCAAGUAGCUGGGACUACAGGCAUGUGCCACCAAACCCAGCUAAUUUUUGUAUUUUUAGUUUUACCAUGUUGGCCAGGCUAGUCUCGAUCUCUUGACCUCACGUGAUCCGCUCGCCUCGGCCUUUCAAAGUGCUGGGAUUACAGGGGUGAGCCACCAUGCCCAGCCAAGAGCUCCCAUUUCAAAUGCAGCAUACUUAGCCUGCCGGGCCUCAGUUUCCACCUAUGUCAAGCAUGGGUUGACUGAGAUGGUCUCGAAGUCCUGCUAGCCUUGGUGGUUCUGGAGGCUGAGCCUCAGUUUCCCUCAUGUGUGCAGUGGAGGACAUGAUGGCGUUCUAGCUUUUGAAAAUGCCCUUUAACCACCAUUUAUGGGGCUUUCCUUAUACAACAGGCACUUUACUGACCUGGUUUCGUUCAGUCUUCACAGUAGGCUUGUGAGGGUAGCUGCACCAUUAGGCCCAUUUCACAGAUGGGGAGACUAGGUCUGAGAGAGCUUAGGUGGCUUUCCCAAGGUCACAUAGUCCCUGUGGCCAGGAGAGGCUUGGAGCCUGGGCAGUGGGUGGCCCCUGUGCAUGGUGGGUCCUCAGAAGGACUUUCUGUCAGUAUUAUUGGUGGUGCUGUUAACUAGGGCCCUGCCUGGGUGGGGGCACCUGUUUUGGGCUCUUGGCUCUUGGACCAAGUAAAGCUGUGGCUAUUUUAUCCAAAGCCACCAUUUUACAGAUGCAUACAAAGAGGCCUGGAGGGGCCUGGCCAGUGCCCUUUGUCUGGCAUGGAGGGCUCUGCCUGGCACACCUCACCCACGGCCUCUGAUGCCCAGCUUGGAGAAAGCGUAGAAGAGAGGCUGGGGGAUGCCUCAGGGAGACUCAGCCCCCAGCCCCCACCUGUACCACAGGCCUGAGUGCCCAGGGGGCAGUGGUCUGGUUGGGAGUGGCUGAGACUCAGGGGCAAAUGUCCCCAUUCAUCUUCCGAGCCGGGUGCCCUUGGUGAGUGACUUGGCCUUGCUGGACCUCAGUUUUCUUGUCUAUAAAAUGGGAAGUGUCAUAGGGGAGCAGCCUACAGUAAGUACUGACCGGGCGGGUGAGGGGCAGCCUCGGGCCCACCCUCCUAGCGGGAGACAUUUGGGGCACUCAGAAGCCCUGAAAUGAGACCACCCUAACCUUGAUUUUGGGAGCACAAAGGUCCCCCCAGAGACAGCACAGGAGCUGGGGUCUUCAGCCCUUGGGGACCUCGGUUCCUAGGUGUGCCUGGGUCUGUGGGGGAUGCAGAGGCACAGGUGGACAGCUCCCUCUGGGUGGGCCGUGACCCUGCCUGGGCACAAGAGGGCCAUGCCCGUCCGUCCUUGCCGUGAUUCUUCCAGGCGGCACUGCCCUUACACCUCCUUUACAGAGGAGGAAGCUGAGGCCUGGGGAGGCCACAGGAGUUGGGCUCUGGGCCCAGAGCCUUGGUGGGGGUGCAGGGAAACACCCCCAUGCCUUCGGGUAUGGGAAAGAGGAAGCAGAAAGAAAGGGACGUCCGCCGGAGGCCUGGCGGUUUCCUCUUGGCCAGAGUGUGAGGAGGAGGAGGAGGGCUGGCAGGAAGCGGCUGCAGGAGGGGCGCCACCUUGGGCUCUGAUAGGCGCAGGCCUGUCCUGCCCCUGCCCUUCUGAGCCCUGUGACCUGGAGGAAGGCACUUGGCCCUCUCUGUGCCUCAGUUUCCUCUAGUAAAAAUAGCGGAAUGAUGGCUCCCACCCCAGACUGACUGACUGCUAUCUGGGGAGCACCUAGGGCUGCGCCCAACAAGCCAGUGCCCGGCAAGGCUUUGAGGCUGCAGGCAUCACUGGUGCAGGCAUUUUAAUUUAUGAGUUAUUGAUUUAUUUAGAGACAGAGUCUCACUCUCUUGCCCAGGCUGGAGCACAGUGGUGUGAUCUUGGCUUACUGUAACUGCCACUUCCAGGGUUCAAGCAAUUCUCCUGCCUCAGCCUCCCAAGUAGCUGGGAUUACAGGCACCCACCACCGCGCCCAGCUAAUUUUUUUUUUUUUUUUGAGACAGAGUUUUGCUGUUACCCAGACUGGAGUGCAAUGGCAUGAUCUUGGCUCACUGCAACCUCCGCCUCCUGGGUUCAAGCAAUUCUCCUGCCUCAGCCUCCCGAGUAGCUGGAACUACAAGCAUGCACCACCAUGCCCAGCUAAUUUUUGUAUUUUUAGUAGAGUCGGGGUUUCACCUUGUUGACCAGGAUGGUCUCGAUCUCUUAACCUCGUGAUCCACCCGCCUCAGCCUCCCAAAGUGCUGGGAUUAUAGGCGUGAGCCACUGCGCCCGGCCAAUUUUUUUGUAUUAUUAGUAGAGACACAGUUUUGCCAUGUUGGUCAGGCUGCUGUGUGACCUGGGUACGUCCCAGCCUUCUCUGAGCUAUGAAGUGGGUUGUGGGGAAGGAGGAGAGGGUUGGGCAGGGCUCCGUGGCCCCAGCCACACACACCGCCACCCUAUCUGCCCCCUUAUUGGGGUUCCACGCAAAAUCGUUUUUGAAAAAUUGCUUUGCCAUUAUAAGAAACCCCCGACCGCGCUGAAACCGCGGGGGCAGAUGGUAUCGAGGCACUUCCUUUCAGCUCAAAUUCUGCGAAUCCACAGCCUAGAAAGUGCCCUGAAUCCAACAAGUGGGGGGUAAUUAAGUUGUUAAGGUCCAUCCCCGCCCUGUCCUGCUUACCAGACCUGGCUGCUCUUACUGGCUUCUUGGAGUUUGGUGUGGUGUAUUUUUUUGUUGUUGUUAUUUGCGGGGCUGGUGUUGAGAUCAUCGUGGAGUCAGGGCUAUGGGCUUGGAGGGUUAGGGUCAGGGUCCAGGGGUGAAGAGUGGACACUGGAGAGGGGCAGAUGGACAGGGUCAGGUUCAGAUCUUCGCUCUUGUAUCCUUGCUGUGUGGCUCUGGGCCAAGAACGUGGCCUCUCUGAGCCUCAGUGGCUCAUUAUGGAAAAUGGGAUGCCAGCACUUGCCUUAGUGGGUUGUUUUGAGCCAAAUACAGGCUCAGGGAGAAGCUGGCAUGAUAUGUUCUUACCCUGAAGGGCGGAAAAAGGUGAAGGAGGCCACUAGAUCCCAGAGGUGGGACCCCAGGGUCCCUUCCUGAGAUGGGCAGCAGCCUAGCUGCUCCCCACAGCACCCCUGGCAGGCCCCACUGGUGCUGCUGGAAAUCCCCCACCCAGUUCUUUGUGAAUGGAAAAGGAAACCGAAUGCACUAGAAGAGGUCUCUGAGUCCCAGCCUGAUGGGGGGGCUUCCUCCCCCAGUGCAGGAGGGGCCACCUCAGCUUCCUUUCUGCGGCCCCAUACCCCCUUUUUCCUAUCUCCCCUCUGAGUUGAGGAGGAGUCUGUGGACCCUGCCACUGUUUGGCCUCUAGAAUCAGUGGGUGACAGCAUAUAUUGGGGUGAUAUAAGGGCCACAUGGCCUCUGGGCCUCCCUCGAUGUGACUGCUGCCCAGGACCCCCCACCCCUUGCCUGACUCGAACGCUGACCUUGGGCCUCCACACAGGGGUACCACUGUGGGAGGAGAGAGAAACCUCUCUCUAGGGUACCGCUUAGAAGGGAGCCCUGCCCUGUUUUCAUCUGUGCACCCCAUAUAAUCUAGGAAACUGUCUGUAACUUGCCAGGGGCCUUCAUGUCUGAGUCCUAAUGUUUUUUCUUUUUUCUUUUUGAGAAGGAGUUUCACUCUUGUUGCCCAGGCUGGAAUGCAAUGGUGCUAUCUUGGCUCACUGCAACCUCUGCCUCCGAGGUUCAAGUGAUUCUCCUGCCUCAGCCUCCCCAGUAGCUGGGAUUACAGGCAUGUACCACCACACCUGGCCAAUUUUUUUUGGUAUUUUUAGUAGAGACAGGGUUUCUCCAUGUUGAUAAGGUUGGUCUCAAACUCUUAACCUCAGGUGAUCCACCUGCCUCAGCCUCCCAAAGUGCUGGGAUUACAGGAGUGAGCCACUGUGUGUUUUGCUUUUUCAAUUAAUCAAGCUCAUGGCAGAAACUAUUAAAAAACAAACAGUACCUGAAAAAUUUCCCACCAUCUCACUACCCAGAGAGAAUCAGCAUUUCUAUUUGGUAGAUAUCAUCGUCAGUUGUCGUCAUUUUUGUUUUUGCUCUGUCUCCCAGGCUGGAGUGCAGUGGCACCAUCUCGGCUCAUUGCAUCCUCAACCUCCUAGGCUGAAGUGAUCUUCCCACCUCAGCCUCCCAAGUUGCUGGGACUAUUUAAUGCUGCUAUUAGCAUAGAUAUUAGUAGGAUACUAUGCCCUGCUAAUUUUUAAUUUUUUUUGUAGAGACAGAAUCUUACUCUGCUGCCUAGGCUCAUCUCAAACUCCUAGGCUCAAGCAAUCCUCCUGCCUGGUCUCCCAGAGUUCUGGAUUACAGGCAUGAGCCACCACCGCAUCUAGCCUCUUCUCUGUCUUUAACUUUGCCUCCUCCCCCAAAUCGCAAUUCCUUCAGCAGUUGCUGGGAAGGGAUUACUUUUUGCACAAUUCUGUCUGGAGCCCUUGGUAGGCAGGAGCUUGUGGACUAAAACUUCAGCCCUUGCGGGCCUGGCAUUCCUCAUACUAUUUAGUCACCUGCUUUUUUCAUUUUGUAUCCUGAACAUUUUUCUGUAUUUUUUUUCCACCUCCCAGGUUCAAGUGAUUCUCCUACCUCAGGCUUCUGAGUAGCUGAGAUUACAGGCACCCACCACCACACCCAGCUAAUGUUUGUAUUUUUAGUAAAGAUGGGGUUUCACGAUGUUGGGCAGGCUGGUCUCAAACCCCUGACCUCAGGUGAUCUGCCCACUUCAGCCUCCCAAAGUGCUGGAAUUACAGGUGUGAGCCACCAUGCCCGGCCCAUUUCUAACUUUGUUGCUGGUAUAGAUGACCCUGGGAUGAACACCUUCUGUGUCAGUCCUGGUGCCCGCCUCUGAUGACUUUCUUCUGCUCAGUUCCUAGAAGGGGAGUGUUGGAUCAAGGCUUUUAUGAACACUUCUGAUGCGUUCUUUCUCUCAAAGCUUUACUGAGAUAUAAUUUACAUACCAUAAAAUUCACUUGUGUAGGCCAGGUAUGGUGGCUUAUGCCUGUAAUCCCAGCACUUUGGGAGGCUGAGGCGGGCAGAUCAUGAGGUCAAGAGAUCCAGACUCCUGGCCAACAUGGUGAAACUCCAUCUCUAUUAAAAUACAAAAAUUAGCUGGGCAUCGUAGCACACAUGUAGUCCCAGCUACUUGGGAAGCUGAGGAAAAUUGCUUAAACCCGGGAGGCAGAGGCUGUGGUGAGCCAAGAUCAUGCCACUGUACUCCAGCCUGGCGACAGAGCAAGACUGUCUCAAAAAUAAAAUUUGCUUGUGUAAAGAAUACAAUUUAUUGGUUUUUAGUAUAUUUACAGAGUUGUGCAACCCUCACCAUAAUUUUAUAACAUUUUCAUCAUUGAAAAAGGAAAUUUUAUACCCGUGAACAGUCACGCCCCAUACCUCCCUCCCCAGCCCCUGGCAACCACUCCUCUCCUUCUGUCUCCAGGGACUUGCCUAUUCUGGACAUUUCACAUACAUGGAAUUGUAGACUACGAAGCCUUUUGUGUCUGGCUUCCUUCACUUAGCAUCAUGUUUUCGAGGUUCCCCGAGGUUACGGCAUGUGUUUUGUUCCUUUUUAUGGCUGAAUAAUACUCCAUUGUGUGGAUUUACUCGGUUUUGCUUAUUUAGUCGUCACUUGAUGGACAUCAGGUUAUCUUCACUUUCUGGCUGUUAUGAAAUAAUGCUGCUCUGAUCAUUUCUGGACAAUCUGUUGUAUGGAUCUGUGUUUUCGUUUCUGUUUCAUUUCUCCUGGGAUACAUCUAGGGCUAUUUUUUUUCUCUACACUGCACUGAUAGUGUACUGGGGCACAUAACAAUUCUAUGUUUAAUUACAAUAACAUUGGGCUGGGCACGGUGGCUCAGGCCUGUAAUCCCAGCACUUUGGGAGGCUAAGGCAGAUGGAUCACUUGAUGUCAGAAGUUUGAGACCAGCCUGGCCAACAUGGUGAAACCCUGUCUUCACUAAAAAUACAAAAAUUAACUGGGAGUGGUAGUGGCUGCCUGUAAUCCCAGCUAUUCAGGAGACCAAGGCAGGAGAAUUGCUUGAACCCAGGAGGCGGAGGCUGCAGCAAGCCAAGAUCAUGCCACUGCACUCUAGCCUGGGCAACACAGUGAGACUCUGACUCAAAAUAAGUAAAUAUACUGCCAACCUGUCUUCCAAAGCAACUGCACCUUUUUAUAUUCCCGGCAGCAUUUCAUGAGGACUCCAGUUUCUCUACAUCCUUAUCAGUACUUACUAUCUGUCUUGAUUACAGCCAUCCUAAAGGGUGUGAGGUAUCUCAGUGUGGUUUGUUUUUUUUUUAAACAGGGUCUUGCUCUGUCACACAGGCUGGAGUGCAGUGGCACUCUCUCAGCUCACUGCAGCCUUGAACUCCUGGGCUCAAGUGAUCCUCCCACCUCAGCCUCUUGAGUAGCUAGGAUUACAGGUACAUACCACCACACUCGGCUAAUUUUUGUUUUUUUCCUACACUAUGCUGAUGUGGUUUUGUUUUUGUUUUUUGAAGAGCUGGGGUUUCACCAUAUUGCCCAGGCUGGUCUCAAACACCUGCGCUCAAGCAAGCCUCGUGCCUCAGCCUCCCAAUGUGCUGGGAUUACAGGUGUGAGGUACCAGCUUUAGCCUCAGUGUGGUUUUGAUUUGCAUGUCCCCGAUGGAAAAUGGUGUUGAGCAUCUUUUCAUCUACCUAAUAGCCAUUUCUUACUCUUUUGAUACAUUAUUUUUGAGUAGGCUUCCAGAAAGGUUAUAGCCAUGUAUCUUCUUGUCACCAGUGAUGCCAGCACUGGGUAUUAUUUUAAAAACCUUUGCUACCUUCUGGAUGAAAAGUGGUUAUCUUAUCCUUUCUAAGUGUGACUGACCAUUUCUUUGUUAAAAACUGAGACAUAUUCAUAUACCAUAAAAUUCACUUGUUUAAAGUGUAGAAUGCACUGGCUCUUAGUCUACUUCAACUGUUGUGCAAUGAUCACUAUCUAAUCCAGAACAUUUCCAUCACCCUAGAAAAAAUCUCAGAGCAGUCAGUCCCAAAACUCCCUGAGUUUUCUGUCCCUGUGGAGUUGGACUGUUUCUCCUCUGUUCUGUGGUCACACACAUUCCUUGUGAUUUAUCAGGUUAUUUCCUCAGCAUGUUUGUCUCCUGCACUGCCUGCUUUUUUCUUGAUUUGUGAGCACUCUCAUGGCAUAGAUAUUAGCUCUGUCCCACGUUGCAAAUAUUUCCCUGGUUUCCGAUUUGACUUUUAAGUUUUGCUCCUGCAUUUCUUGACCUAUGGAGGUUUGCAAGUUCCAGGCAGUAAAAUCCUGUGAUCUUUUCCUUUAUGGUUUUGUUCUUUGCUUUUUCUCCUUAGAAAGGCCUUUCCCCACCGAGAAUCAGAUAAAUACUUAGGUUUUAUUCUAGUUCUGUCUUGGUUUCCUUUUUGAGUUAUUGAAUCCAGCUGGCUUUUGUUCUGCAUGGCUGAUAUGAUUUCCUGUUGUUUUGUGAUGUCAGUGAGCAGCUCUGUGUCAAGGCCUGUGACAUAAUAAAUGCUCAGUAAACAAGCUAAAAUGAUAGUCAUGAAAAUCCGUGCUGGGUGGAGCUCGGAAGGACGCGGGAUUCCAGUGCUGUGCUCUGGCUGGAGGAGAACCUGGCCUGGCUGUGCUCGCUGGUUGGGAGCCCCCCUGCCCCAGAAGCCCUUGCUCUCACCUCUUCUUCUGAAUCAUCAUUCUUCGAAGAGUUCAAGGCCCAAGCUACAAGCAGCUUGCUCCAACAUCCAGGAGGUCCGGCGGUGCACACGCCUUGAGAUGCCUGACAACCUCUACACCUUUGUGCUAAAGGUGAAGGACCGGACAGACAUCAUCUUUGAGGUGGGAGAUGAGCAGCAGCUGAAUUCAUGGAUGGCUGAGCUCUGGGAGUGCACAGGCCGAGGGCUGGAGAGCACAGAAGCAGAGAUGCAUAUUCCCUCAGUCCUAGAGCCCAGCACGUCCAGCUCCCUGAGGGGCAGCACAGAUUCCCUUAACCAAGGUGCUUCUCCUGGUGGGCUGCUGGACCCAGCCUGCCAGAAGACAGACCACUUCCUGUCCUGCUACCCCUGGUUCCAUGGUCCCAUCUCCAGAGUGAAAGCAGCUCAGCUGGUACAACUGCAGGGCCCUGAUGCUCACGGCGUGUUCCUGGUGCGGCAGAGCGAGACACGGCGUGGGGAAUACGUGCUUACUUUCAACUUCCAGGGCAUAGCCAAGCAUCUGCGCCUGUCACUGACUGACCGGGGCCAGUGCCGUGUGCAGCACCUCCACUUUCCCUCAGUCGUGGACAUGCUCCACCACUUCCAGCGCUCGCCCAUCCCGCUCGAGUGCGGUGCCGCCUGUGACGUCCGGCUCUCCAGCUACGUGGUAGUUGUCUCCCAGCCACCAGGUUCCUGCAACACUGUCCUAUUCCCUUUCUCCCUCCCUCGCUGGGAUUCAGAGUUGGGCCUUCCCCACCUUAGCUCUUCUGGUUGUCCCCAGGGGCUCAGCCCAGAGGGUGUCCCCGGGCGAUCCUCACCCCCAGAGCAGAUCUUCCACCUGGUGCCUUCGCCUGAAGAACUGGCCAACAGCCUACAGCACCUGGAGCCUGAGCCUGUGAGUCGAGCCCGGGACUCAGACUAUGAAAUGGACUCAUCCUCCCGGAGCCACCUGCGGGCCAUAGACAAUCAGUACACACCUCUCUGACAGAGGAAUUCCAGGCCUCAACAGACGCCCUAGAGGAGCACAGGCAGAAGUGUGAACUUGUGAAUGUAAUGAUCUUUCCUUCCUUCCUUCCAGAGAGAUUUAAGGGACACUGUUAACUGCUCAUGCCAGUUUGGAUGUGACCCUUCUAUUAGGCCUGUUGAAGGGCCCUCCUGUAAGUUGUAUCUAUCACCUGGCUUUCUCCUCAUUGUUUACAGAUGUAGUUCUUGUUAGAGGAUGCCAGUAGCUCCUGCCCAGGGUCCCUAUGCCCAGUCCCCAUUAGAGAAAGGAGCUGGGGUGAGGGCCAGAGCUGGCAGUGGAAAGUUGUUCUCUUUUUCACUGACACAGUCACAGCUGAUGACAGACUUUCUACAGGAAGAGGGGUCAUCAGGAAGUCCAGAACACUAACAAGCCCUGGAUUCUCAUGGUUCUCUUAUCUACUGUCAGUCCAUGUGGCAGGUCUGUUGUGUCCACGCCACAGAUGACCACAUCUAAUCUACUUCUACUCUCGGCUUUAGGACAAAAGCUCUGUCAGAGGGACAAGCUAAAGGUCAAAAAUGAUUUUAAACAUUUUACCUCAGACUAAUUUCUUUAAAGAAUUCAGGUUCAAAACUAAACCAUUGCUUAUUUCACUGCACUGUUUCAACUAACAUCCAUGCAAAUUUUGUAGUUGGAGACAGCUAUGCAAACCCUGCCUGACUAGUUCACGGUCUGAGCCAGCACACUGGCUUCCUUGUCUAUUGCAGUCUCAGGACAGUUACCUGCCGCUGAGUGGCCACUGUCCUUCCCAAAUGUCAAGAAGUGAAGUGUGUCGUCCUUUCAGGGAAAUUCAGGCAAUUACUGAAAAUGGAGGGUGGCAAGGACAGUUCUACCCUGGUGCCUUAUGAAUAAAAAGCUGGAUUCUGGUUUACAGCAGCUUUACAGUGAGAGUUAAAUUAACUGAGGUUGGGGGAAGAACAAGUAAAAAGGGAAGAAGGACUCCUGGGCGCUUUAUAGUAAAUCCUUCAGCAACAAGGCUGGCUCUGUGCCCUCCAAGCAUCUAAUGGCUUAUUAAAUUAUCCCACAAGUGGGUUUUAGGCUCCUUUUUUUGAGCCAAAAUGGAAGCUGGAAAUCUGGUGCCAUAACUAUUGAGAAACUCACUUAAUAGCCCACAUUCAGUGUUCUGUUCCAGCUGGCUGCUGCUUCAUUGGAUGGAGAAUGUAUCUCCAUGCACACACCGGCACACAGGGAGGUCCUGAAGUUAAAUCUCCAUCUAUACUUGCUUUCACAAGUGAUACAAUUCAUAAGGGGGCUGGCUCCUCCCAGAACUUUUGAAGGUUCAAAAACAAGGGGGCACUGACAGUGGAGUCAGCUGCUCUUGGGUGCCAGCAAAGCCUUUCAGUACAACCCUCCAGGCUCGCUGCAGUGCCUCAAUCAGAAGCUAAUGAAACCUCGGCCUAAAACUCAUAGGACUGCCUGCCUGCCAGCCUGGGAGGAAGGUUAGGUCUGCUCCUUUCACUUAGGACUAAGAGGUCAGAUUUUUGCAUAUAGGCUUCUUGAAUUUUCUUGGGAUCUUUCAGAGGGUGAGGAAAGAACCCCCCCUGCACCACUUUUUUUUUUUUUUUUUUUUUUUUUUUGAGAUGGCGUUUCAUUCUUGUUGCCCAGGCUGGAGUGCAGUGGCAUGAUCUCAGCUCACUGCAACCUCAGCCCUCCUGGUUCAAGCGAUUCUCCUGUCUUCUGAGUAGUUGGGAUUACAGGCAUGCAUACCAUGCUCAGCUGCUUUUUGUAUUUUUGGUAGAGAUGGGGUUUUGCCAUGUAAUGGCUAGGCUGGUCUUGAACUCCUGAACUCAGGUGAUCCAUCCACCUCGGCCUCCCAAAGUGCUGGGAUUAUAGGUGUGAGCCACUGUGCCUGGCCUGCACCACUUUUUAAUCAAUUAAUUAAUUAAUAAUUUUGAGAUGGAGUUUCACUCUUGCUGCCCAGGCUGGAGUGCGACAGCACGAUCUCAGCUCACUGAAACCUCCGCCUCCCAGGUUCAAGUGAUUCUCCUGCCUCAGCCUCCCAAGUAGCUGGGAUUACAGGCAUGCACCACCACACCCGACUAAUUUUUGUAUUUUUUUAAAUUAGAGCUGGGGUUUCACCAUGUUGGUCAGGCUGGUCUCGAACUCCUGACCUUGUGAUCUGCCCAUGUCGGCCUCCCAAAGUGCUGGGAUUACAGGCCCACUGUGCCCAGCGCCUGCACCACUUUAAUACCAACACUCCUGGGUGAUCAUGGACCUUAAAGCAGACCCGACACUGAUCCAGAUUUACAGUCCAUUUUUAAGGACACCUGUCUUUAUAAAGUCAAGCAGCUUUCUCUGGAAAAUGAAUGCUAACUAGUGUGAACUGAAAGAAUAAGUAACAGUCUGAACCUUUUUUAAAGAAGAACGGUUAUCAUGGAAAGUCACUGGUCCUCUCCUCUGCACAGGACAGGUGUCCAGUACAUAAUAAACCAAAUUAAAUUCCCUCCCUCUAGCCAGAGUUAAAACAGCUGGGAUACGACAUCUUCACACCAGGAGCACUCAUUUCUUAACAGCCGCUCUACAUACAUCUCUCAGGUAGUGCCAAGAGGCACACCAGGCACAGCAAACUUAGCAGACUGUACUUAGCCAUCUGACUGGCUGCAAUGUGCAAGUGGCAGAGAUUUGUAAGGCACCCUCCUCCAGACUGCUAACUUUCUAAACUCAUCCAAGUUACCAGGUCAGCUCAAAUACAUGCUAACAGAAAACUCUCAUGGCCCUAGGAAGAAGUGACACUAAGCCAAAGCCUUUUCUUUGUGAGGGAGCAGGCCCAGCUGAUGAAGGGGUAGGUAGCAGUGUGGGGCAGGCACCCCACUGGCUGCAGCUAGCCUACCACAGGCACAGGACAGCACACCCCACCACUCUCCUUCCAGUCCUGACCAGGCACAGUCAGCAACUUCCACUGAGAGUCACGGCUCAGCGUCAAACUGGACAGUAGGCAUCAUGAUCCCUCUCCAGUUAGCUCUAAUCACAGAUUCCACCACUACAGCUUGACAGCUCCUGGCACCAUCACUUCCUUAAUCUUUUAUUCAACUUUUAUAAACUAACAGUCACCAGCACCAAAGAAUUAAGUCAACUAACCUGCCUUGAAUUUUAGACCAGCAAUCCAUAUGGCUUUAUCUGGUAUAAAUCUUCUGCCUUUGAUCAUUUCUGGACCAUAAGAAAAAGGAAUAGCAAUCAUUAAAAUCUUGGGCCAGAGAACACUAUUUUUACAUAACAGUUUCUUAACCUAAAAUCAAGGCCUUGGACUCUUCCCUGAGGGUUGCCUGAGAUUCCUUCAUGCUUUCUAUUCAGGGCUAAGUCCCUUACUGCAAAUGUGUUAGCUCUAACAUCACCCACAAGCUAGAGGAACUUGUGAGUAUAUUAACAAGGACACAUCUGACAUCCAGUGUUUGGUUAUAAUAUACAGCACAUUGUGAUAACACAAAGUGGAUUCAUCUUGUAUCAUUAUGGGCAGAAGGUAUUUGGCAAAUUUUUAUGUAUUGUUUUAUGUACUGUACACGUAACUUAUUCUUGAAUAAUGCAAAUUUUGCUAUAAUGUACAAAUUGCUAUAUGUGAAUUAAAAAGUUUUCAGAAUCU